AUGCUGAAUAACUGGCUAUUGGCCAUGGCACAGAAUGCUGAGGCAGUUAGAAAGGCGCAGGAAGAGUUGGAUUACGUUGUAGGAUCCGACCGUCUGCCGACCUGGGAGGAUGAAAAUAACCUACUAAGGCUCGGGGGGUAUUUCCGGUGGAAUCUGGGGAUCCUCGCUACUAAUGAUACCAACAUCAUACACCCUGUACAGAGUGAAAGCUGCUCACAUCACGGUAUUCGCCCCUUCGUCCCAAUGUCUAUCCCGUUCGUCCUGAUUGUCGGCGCUGGCCCUAGCGGUCUGCUCCUUGCACUCCUGCUAGGCAAACGGGGAAUCCCCGUGCGGCUGCUCGAAGCGGCAGACUCUCUUGAUGACCGUCCUCGCGCUGCCCAUUAUUCCCCACCCGCUGUGUACGAGCUGCGCCGUGCGGGAAUCAUUGAAGACAUGGAAGCAGAGGGAUCGUUCUUGCCAAAUGGAGCGUGCUGGAGGAAGCUGAAUGGAGAAUUUCUGGCGGCUGUCUCUUCUCCUGGUGCAAAAGACGCAAAUCAGACCCCGUUGACUUGCCUUCCGCUAAAUAAGCUGAACGUGGUUCUUCAGCGACAGAUCGACCAAUUACCCCAUGUGGAGAUCUUGCAUUCUCACAAAGUCACUGCACUGUCCCAGGAUGAUACCAAGGCAUGGGUAACCGUUGAAACCCCGAACGGCCUGCAAACACUGGAAGCGCAAUACAUCGUUGGGUGCGACGGCGCAAACAGCAAAAUCCGUCGCUCUCUAUUUGGUGCCAGAGAAUUCCCCGGGUUUACUUGGGAUAAGCAGAUUGUUGCUACAAAUGUGUACAUAUUAUCCUUCGAGAAAUACGGGUUUGAUUGGGAUUCCAAUUUCAUCAUCCAUCCGGAGCACUGGUAUAUGGCAGCCCGGAUUUCCAAUGACGGUCUUUGGCGCGUCAGCUACGGCGAGGUGGCGGGCCUCAGCUUCGACGAACUGAAGGCUAGACAGCCGGCGAAGUUCAAGGCCUUCUUACCGGGUAGUCCUGACCCUGGGGAUUAUAGAGUUGCCAAUUUCAGCCCUUACAAAGUCCACCAGCGCCUUGCUAAGAAAAUGAGGGUCGGACGGUUCCUCUUAGCUGCCGACGCGGCACACUUAUGCAACCCCUUCGGCGGUCUAGGAUUGUCGGGCGGAAUUGUGGACGUGGGAGGUCUCUACGACUGUCUAGCGGGUAUAUAUACUGGACAAGCCGACGACAGCAUCCUUGACAUCUACUGCAAGGACCCCGAGACAGCACUCGAGGAGAGCGAGUUUUUGAAAACGUGCAAGAAGGCCGAGACGGAUGAUGCAGUUGCUGCUUCACAGAGGAAGGGGCUGGAAGCUUUACAGUAUGACUUUACGCGGCAUUACCGGAAAUGA